GCAGCAGGAAACCCAUUCAUCAUGACUGAGGCUCUGAUCGGCUUCUUUUUCCUCUCUCUGCAGAUCUCCAGCAGUCCUGCUGCAGGGGAUCAGAUGAACGGAUCAGCAGGAGGAGAUUUCUCAGGAUUUUGUGGCUCUUCUUUCUCUGGAACCAGGAAGAUCUUCUGCAGGGAAAACUGUGGAGAAGGAAACGUUCUGGUAGAAACUAAGGAGGAUUCAGCUGCAAACGGACGAUACAGCAUUGAAUAUGUCAGAGGUCAAGUGCCAAACAUUUACAGCUUAUUGGUGAAGAUCUCAGGCCUGACUGGGUCGGACUCGGGUCGGUACCGAUGUGGUUUGGGUGAAUCCUACCAGGAUUUCACUCUCAGUGUUUCAGGAGUGUCAACCUCUUCAACCUCGACAGCAACACAUCCAUGGAGUCUGAACUCCAGCUCAGAAAGUUUUACACCUUCAGCUUCCUCUGCAAGCAGCAACCAGCCUGUGAGCCACGGAGAGGAGAAAACCCCUGACGAAACGUCUGCUGGGCGCCUGCUGGCGGUGGUUCUGACCGGGGCUGGCAUCCUGUUAUCUGCGGCUCUGCUGGUUUUCUGCAGACGGAGACGUCAAAACCUUCUGACAGGUGUGAAAACCACAAGAGGUUUAGACAGAAGUGACCAGAAGGACCCCGAUUAUGAAAAUGAUUCGUCUGGGGAUUUGAUUUACAUGAAUGCAAAACCCGUCUGCAGGAACAAGAAGUAGGAUGAGACCCGGAUUGAAACCCAGAUUCUGCUUCUGGCCCAGAGCUGCUUUUAUUAUUUUCUGUUUAAUAUUUUUGCUUUUUGUUCCUUCUUUUUCUUUUUCUCACAGUGGGCCACCAUGAUUAUUUAUAAAUGUAUGUGAAAAUAUACUUUAUAUUAUUUAAUUAAACAA